CUGUCUAUCGACGAGACUGCUCACACCUUGGCCCGUUAUGCUUCUAUCUGCCAGGAGCAUAGGAUUGUCCCUAUCGUUGAGCCCGAAAUCCUGGCUGAUGGUACUCAUGAUAUUGAGACAUGUGCCUAUGUAACUGAGAGGGUGCUCACGGCUGUGUUCAAGGCCCUUAAUGAUCAUCACAUCCUCCUCGAGGGGUGUCUGCUGAAGCCCAAUAUGGUCACUGCUGGCAUGCAGUGCUCUAGUCGUCCAAGCCCUUCAGAUAUUGCUCGCUAUACGGUUCGCACACUGCAGAGGACGGUGCCACCAGCCCUGGUUGGGGUCACUUUCCUGUCUGGGGGCCAGAGUGAAGAGGAAGCUUCGGUCAACCUGUCCGCCAUGAAUGCCAUGCCCAAGGACCGAAGGCCUUGGGCACUGACUUUCUCGUACGGUCGUGCUUUGCAAGCUACUGCUAUCAAGACUUGGGCUGGCAAGGCUGACAACGUCAAGGCUGCCCAGGAGGCGUUUGCUUACCGUGCCAAAGCCAACAGUGAGGCACAGCUGGGCAAAUACAAGGGCACGGAAGGAGGCCCAGGAAGUGAGAGUCUCUAUGUGGCCAACUAUGUUUACUAG